AUGCUGACUGCACAACCCAUAGCCGCCCUGAAAAAGGAUAGGGCCAUUGCGUUGGCAAAAGGAGAGAACGAUGACGACCGGAACGCGGUGGUCGUGCGUUUGGAAGCAUCUAUGGCAGGAUCCGAAAUGCUGUAUAUAUCGAGAGGUCGAAAUGUGAUCGCGAAUGUGAAGUGCCGCUAUUUGGCGGUAUCACAUUUAUUCCCUCCUGCGAGCGCGAAUCGGAUCGAGGCUGCGAAGAAGUUGCUGAAACCAGAUAUCCCGGCGAAUCUCUACCAAUUGUAUGCCGCCCGGUGGCAGGCGCAGAACAUGAAGGCGUCAGCGACUUUCACCGGCGUCCGCGCCGAGCACGGCAAGUGGUAUAUAGGCACCGGUGGUGGCGAGCAGGAUGACAUGUUCUGUAUCAUCCGAGCUGCUUAA